AUGACUUUCGACGACACCAUUGGAGUGCUCACGCAAGACGAGACAGCGGUGACCAAACAGUUCGAUCCGGACGGUCUGAACUGCGCCGGCGGGCCAAUAGUGUUGCAGAGACGAGGGUCGGUGUACGGCGCCAACGUUCCCAUGAUUACCGAACUGGUCAACGAUAGCAACGUGCAGUUUCUUGACCAAGACGAUGACGAUGACCCCGACACCGAGCUGUACCUCACCCAGCCGUUUGCGUGUGGUACAGCCUUCGCCGUCAGCGUCUUGGACUCGCUCAUGUCAACGACGUAUUUCAAUCAAAACGCGUUGACGCUAAUCCGAUCGCUGAUCACCGGUGGUGCGACGCCCGAACUCGAACUCAUUUUGGCCGAAGGAGCGGGUCUCCGCGGUGGUUACAGCACCGACGAGAGCUUGGCAAACCGCGAUCGGUGCCGGGUCGGGCAGAUAUCCCUGUACGACGGGCCACUGGCGCAGUUCGGUGAGGCCGGCAAGUACGGCGACCUGUUCGUGUCCGCCCUCAAGUCGUACGGGAUGCUGUGCAUUGGUCUAUACAGAUUCAGAGACAGAAGCUCGUCUUGCGACGCGUCGUCGAAACGAUACGUCAUCACGAACCCACCGGACGAUUUCUCGCUGAUGCCCACGGACCAGGUAUUCGUGCUGAUGCAGUUCGAUCCCGGGCUCGAGUACAAACCCACCAGCCGGAACGGAGGACGUGCCAAAGACGACAACUCCUGA